CCGCCGCCCGCCCGCCGGGUGCCUUCUCCUCCUAGUUGCCAUUAAAACAAAUGAACCGAGCUGCUCUACCCAGCGCCGCCAACUAAAUCGGUUUGGAUGAUUCGCGAUCUGAGCAAGAUGUACCCUCAAACCAGACACCCGGCACCGCAUCAGCCUGCUCAACCCUUUAAAUUUACAAUUUCCGAGUCUUGCGAUAGGAUUAAGGAAGAGUUUCAGUUUUUACAGGCUCAGUACCACAGUUUGAAACUGGAAUGUGAAAAACUGGCUAGUGAGAAGACUGAGAUGCAGCGGCAUUAUGUCAUGUACUAUGAAAUGUCCUACGGGUUGAAUAUAGAAAUGCAUAAGCAGGCAGAAAUUGUCAAGAGGCUGAAUGCGAUCUGUGCCCAAGUCAUUCCCUUCCUGUCCCAAGAGCACCAGCAACAAGUGGUGCAGGCUGUGGAACGUGCCAAGCAAGUGACCAUGGCAGAACUGAACGCAAUCAUUGGGCAGCAACAACUCCAGGCCCAGCAUUUAUCACAUGGACAUGGUCUGCCGGUGCCUCUCACUCCACACCCAUCAGGUCUUCAGCCACCUGCCAUCCCACCCAUCGGUAGCAGUGCUGGGCUCUUGGCCCUCUCAAGUGCUCUGGGCGGGCAGUCUCACCUUCCAAUUAAAGAUGAAAAGAAGCACCAUGACAACGAUCACCAAAGAGAUAGAGACUCCAUAAAGAUUACUGAGUUUGACUCUCCUUUCACAAAAGAGGAAACUGAGGCUCACAAAAGUUUCAACAUUUUGCCCCAGGCUACUCUCCUAAGUUCUUCUGUGUCUCCGUCCGCCAGUUUCAGAACUGCAGAGAAGCACAGAAACUCAACAGACUACUCCUCCGACAGCAAAAAGCAGAAAACGGAAGAAAAGGAAAUAACAACUCGUUAUGACAGUGAUGGAGAGAAGAGUGAUGACAACUUGGUAGUUGAUGUUUCCAAUGAGGAUCCCUCUUCCCCUCGAGGAAGCCCAGCACAUUCUCCAAGAGAGAAUGGCCUGGACAAGACCCGUCUGCUCAAGAAAGAUGCUCCAAUUAGUCCAGCCUCUAUUGCAUCUUCCAGCAGUACUCCUUCUUCAAAAUCCAAAGAACUUAGCCUUAAUGAAAAAUCUACUACUCCUGUUUCAAAAUCCAACACUCCCACUCCACGAACUGACGCUCCAACUCCAGGCAGUAAUUCCACUCCAGGAUUGAGGCCCGUGCCUGGAAAACCACCAGGUGUUGACCCAUUAGCUUCAGGCCUGAGAACCCCUAUGGCAGUCCCAUGCCCAUAUCCAGCUCCAUUUGGGAUUGUUCCACAUGCUGGGAUGAAUGGAGAACUAACCAGUCCAGGAGCUGCCUAUGCUGGUCUACAUAACAUCUCCCCACAGAUGAGUGCAGCGGCUGCUGCAGCAGCUGCUGCUGCUGCCUAUGGAAGAUCUCCUGUGGUUGGUUUUGAUCCACACCAUCACAUGCGUGUGCCAGCAAUCCCACCAAAUCUGACCGGCAUCCCUGGAGGAAAACCAGCAUACUCCUUUCACGUUAGUGCAGAUGGUCAGAUGCAGCCCGUACCUUUUCCCCCUGAUGCCCUCAUUGGACCUGGAAUCCCUCGACAUGCUCGUCAGAUCAACACCCUUAAUCACGGAGAAGUAGUGUGUGCAGUUACUAUCAGCAACCCCACGAGACACGUGUACACUGGUGGGAAGGGAUGCGUCAAAGUCUGGGACAUCAGCCACCCAGGAAAUAAGAGUCCAGUUUCUCAGCUGGACUGUCUGAACAGAGAUAACUACAUCCGUUCCUGCAGAUUGCUCCCUGACGGCCGCACCCUGAUUGUUGGAGGGGAAGCCAGUACGUUAUCCAUUUGGGACCUGGCAGCCCCCACCCCGCGCAUCAAAGCGGAGCUGACAUCCUCGGCUCCGGCCUGCUAUGCCCUGGCGAUCAGCCCCGAUUCCAAGGUCUGCUUCUCGUGCUGCAGCGACGGCAACAUCGCAGUGUGGGAUCUGCACAACCAGACGCUGGUCAGGCAAUUCCAGGGCCACACAGAUGGAGCCAGCUGUAUUGACAUUUCAAACGAUGGCACCAAGCUUUGGACGGGAGGUUUGGACAAUACGGUCAGAUCCUGGGACCUGCGAGAAGGGCGGCAGUUACAGCAACAUGACUUCACAUCACAGAUCUUUUCCCUUGGAUAUUGUCCAACUGGAGAAUGGCUUGCAGUUGGGAUGGAGAACAGUAAUGUAGAGGUGCUACAUGUAACCAAACCAGACAAAUACCAGUUACAUCUUCAUGAGAGCUGCGUACUGUCACUUAAGUUCGCUCAUUGUGGGAAAUGGUUUGUAAGCACUGGAAAGGAUAAUCUUCUCAAUGCAUGGAGAACCCCGUAUGGAGCCAGUAUAUUCCAGUCCAAAGAAUCCUCAUCGGUGCUUAGUUGUGACAUCUCUGUGGAUGAUAAGUAUAUUGUCACUGGCUCUGGGGACAAGAAGGCAACAGUCUAUGAAGUUAUUUAUUGAGGACAAAUCUUAAUGCAAACCGGACUCCUCCUUGUAGCACUUUGCUGUAUAAUCUUUCUUUUCUUCUCAAGCCGAGGAUUUAAAAUAUUCAUCGCAGUUGUGGAGUUGAUUCCCUCCCCUAGCCCCACUUCCUACUUCCUAUUGAAUUGUGAAUGCUCAUUAAGAACCUGUGAUACCAAAUCUUGAAAUAUCUACUUGGAAGAACUCGGAAUAAGCAUACUUAACAGUGAACUGAAUCUUUAAUUAUGUAUUAUAUCUGUAAUAUAUUUAUUUUGUUUAAAGAAGGCUUUCUAACAAUGAACUGACUAAAUAAAGUUGUCUGCUCCCGCCUUGGUAAUAAAGGUGCGUUGUACUUUGAUAUCCCCUUUUUUGUUUUGGCAGGGGAGGGCAAAAGAAGGUUACAAAUGACCAAUUAGAUAUUGUUGUAAGCAUAGACUGGUAGCUAUACAAAGACACUGAAUGUUUAAUAUCAACAAGAAGCGAUGUGCUUCUUUUUCCUUUUUUUUUUUUUACAAAUUUUGGAAAUCUGACUCAAUAAAGAGAAAUUUUAACUAAUGCCAUAUACAUUUUGGUUAAUUUGGAAAGUUUAGUUUCUAGCUGACUCAGUUAAAUAUACUCAAAGAAUGCUACCCUUUUAGACAUCUGAAGAUUUAGAAACCACUUCAGAACUGGUUGCUAUUUUUACAACUUUCCUUUUAUUAGUUUUACUGACCAGGCAACGGUCAUUAUAUAACUUUUUAAAAAUUUUUUUUUUGUAUUAUAGAAAGAUGAACAGUAAAUUGGCCUCAAAGAGAUAACUUAAUCCCUCCUGGAUAUUUUUGCCACAUUUCUUUGAAAAGGGGAGAUGUGCAUCUUUGGGCAAUUUUAUGGUUACAAGAGAUUGUGGAAAACAUUACGCAUGUUGUUUGGGAUCUUCACAGGUACACAGCUGUAGGAAAGGAAUUCCUACCACUGUGUAAGCCAAGCCUUUAGACAAAGAGAGGACAAGAGAGAAGGCAGGAUUUACAAGAGGCCCUCCUCCCGAAGAAGAGGAAGAAUGGGCUCUCACCUGAGACGAGGACUUGCUCUAUUGGCCAUUGGUUCUUUCCAUGUCUUAGUUGGAUGUCGCUGGAAUAGAUACAAGGCUGUUUUGUGCCAUCAUACCAGAGACAUUGUGUUAUCUUUUUAUGUUGUUGUUGUUGUUGCUGUUAAACCAUGAUCUGUGACUCCUUUUUUAUUAUUAUUAAUUAUUAUUAUUAUUUGUUUGAAUGCUUUACAAAUCUUUUAAGUCUGUGGAUCUGCUGAUGUACAGUGCCUUUGCUGCUAUGGAUCAAAAUCAAAAGAACCGUGUAGAUAAACUUUAUCGUAUAGGUAGAAAAUUACUUAAUUUCAUACUAGAAAUGGGUUGAUGCUGCAAAUUGAAAUGGACUAUUCAUUGAAGUUCCAAAUGUGGUAGCAGGAAAAAAAUGGUGUCUUAAGUGCAUUGUGUUUGAUGUCAUUGACAGUUUCGUAAUACUCUACAGUGUAGAAAGAUUUUGAUACUAAACUGUGCAUUGUACAUAGUUCUAAUGCAUUGUAUUGACCACCAGUACUUCUAUAAUGGUAGAAUAUUGUUUGUGCAUUCAGACUUUUAAGCAUUAAACAUAAAUAACUUCUA